CCUAAAUAGGACCCUUACACCAUCUCUACAUUUCAGGGAGUAUUAUUACAACCCUACUGCUCUAAUGAUUCAUCUGUGUAGUGCAGCAGGAGAAAGCACUCUUCAAACUGCCAGGAAGAAAUGCUGGGAUGCACAAUGUCUGAGGAUACUGGAAAGAGCUCUUUCAGGGAGGGUUUCUUUUGCUAAUUGACUCCAUUUGAUUCAUUUUUUAAAAUUUAUUUUCUUAAGGUGAAGAUAAAUGCUCUGCAUUGUAGAUGCUUCUGCAUCUUUGGAUUUUCCUCAGGGAAGGCUGUAAUUGCCAUGUGACUGUUGGGGUAUUGGAGAAUUUGCUUGUCAGGCUGCCAGCAGGAAGCUGUUAAGAACCUCUUUCAAUUCUCUUAUUUUUGGCUGUUGUUGGCCUAGUACACGUUCUGUCCUCUUGAAUAUGUUUGGGUAGACAGGAGAAAUUCCCCAGAGCAUUGCCUUUGAGAAGCUGGGGGCACAUGAUCAGUCAUGCCAAAUCAUCUCUCCAGGGGGUUAUCAUGUGUUAAUUCUGUGUAGUUCUAUUAACAGACCAGGUGCUGCAACGCCAUUUACUUCAAGAGUGAGAGUGCUCCCUGAUAGUGCCAAACCUGAGCAGUCAUAUGGCAUCUCUCAGAGCACUGCAACAGGAGAAGUCCCAGCUAGUGCCUCUGGCCGAAAGUGGAGUACAUCUGAUUUACAGAGAGGUGGGAGUCUAUUUCAAGACAAUUUCAAUGUUUUCAGUGUCUGAAAAUUCUGUUGUUAAUUUGAUCUGGUUUUUUCAUCUUGGCAGAACUCCCAAAUUCUAACCCUGGGUUUGUCUUGGCCCUGAAGCAUGGUAAGGCAAGCCAUUCACAUUUUCUUGUACGGUGAUAUCCAGCUGCAGGAUUUUAGCUCCCUGAUAUUUCUAUGGAAUUGACAACUCUUCAAUCAGUAUCCAUAGCCUUUUAACUGUUUGAGCACAUUCUUCACCUUUCUUGCUCCUAUUCUUUUACUCCAAGUGUGAAGGAAGUGUGACUGAGCACCAGACCCUGCAUCGGCACAGUUGUGCAGAGAGGAUGCUUAGCAGAUCUUGGUUCACACACACAAUCAAGGAUCAUCAAGCACCUCUGCUGCAAAGGAGUUACCUGUGGAUUCUCUGUCUCCUUUGAACAGAUAUCACUAGAAGGACAUCACUGCUGUCUUAGGCCUCUCAUACUCCUGCAUGCUAUCUACCAAAAGGGAAACAAAUCUCUUCCAAUCUCAUAAAUUAUGGAAAGAUCAGAGUGACUUCUUGUGAAAAUGAGCAUUCUCUUGUACACAGAUGAAGACAAGGACACAUAGUCAGUGCAAUGAGCGGUAUGGAGUGAGAGCCACCUGUGGGCCCCUCUCCUCCAGCUGGCUGUGUCCUGCAGCCACGGGAGAUGUGUCACAGCAGAGCCUGACCGCCAGGCAGCAUCAGCACAGCGCCGUCACUGAUCCCUCAUCCCGGCAGCAUCAGCACUCUGGGAGCAAGCAACCCUUGCAGGAAGAGCCGCACACUGAUGCAGUUACACGUCUGGGCUUUGAGAGCACCAAUGUUUUCAGGGCAGAUAUACAGCCUCGGUGGGUGGGGAGUGAUCCUAACUGGAACUUUUACGUAACUUCCAUAUCAUCAUCAUCAUCAUUAAUGCUAAUACUACUACUACUAAUACAUUACAAAAUAUAGUGUGACUCUGGACUGAUGGAGGAUGUUUUUGAGCUUGCACACAGUUUUACAUGGACAUGAAUUAAUUAAUUUUGUUGGGGGCAGGGUGGGGUGGUGAUGUUUGGAUUUUCUUCUUUCUUCCAGUUUAUAAAUAAACUUUUUACAACAAUUUUUUAAUAAGAAAUAUUUUUUAAGAAGUAGCCUGCAAAACUCUCAGCUGAAAGCAGGAACUUCUGUAUUUCAUAAUGGCUCAUUGGCAAAUAGAUGACACAUUUUUCACCUAGUAGAAAAGUAAAAAUAAUAAUUAAAAUUAAAGUGUGAAAAAGUUUACUCAACACAGUAUUCAACUUCUCCUUGAUUUAGGGGGGGGAAAAUCCAACCUCUCUGCUCAGUUAUCGUCACUGUGAUUCAUCAGCUGCUGUCUCCUGGGCAGGUCUGACUGCUGAUUGGGCACAGAACUUCUCAAGGUGUGUCUUUUGUCAAGAAGCUUUUGCAUUUUAAGAGCACACAGUAGACCAUGAUAGCCUCCUGCUAUGAGUCAUAGGCAUUGGAAAGGAAUAGAUAAUGAAGUAUCUACCCAUUUCUAACUGGCUGGCCCAGCUUGGUCUUGCAGAAUAUUGCACACUCUUUGAACAAUAUGAUGGUAUAGAGGACUUAUUCCAUCUUACAGAAGUUGAUCUUAGAAAACUGGGGAUUGAAAAUCAAGGCCACCGAACACACCUCAUUUCCAAUAUCCUGCUGCUUCAGGAGGUAAAACAAAAGAGAGAACCAAAAAUGAUAGCUGCGGGAAAAUUUUCAAGUCUUCCCAGAAAUGGCCCAGUGAACCACCAGUUCUCAUUAGCUUCUUCCAUGGAUCUUUUGAGCACAAAACCUUCACCAAUUGAGCAUCGCUCAAACUCCUUCCAAGGCAUCUCUAUCCAUGGCACUCUGCCCAGGAAGAAGAAGGGAGCAGUUCCCUCUAGGUCUUGCGAUAUGUUCAGCCACAUGGGAACCUUGCCUUACACCAGAGCAUGGCAGCAGCCACCUUUUGUACAGGACAUCAUAGAAGAGUACCCUCCAGAAAAUGGAAAGAGCAGCGAACUCCAUGCCAGAGAUCAGAAUAUUCUGGAUCCUAUGCUGGAAUAUGUUAAGUUUUCUAGGGAGAGGCAAGUUAUGGACAACAGCCCGGAAAAGCUGAAGAAGGAGUUAGAGGAAGAGCUGCAGCUGAGUAGUGAAGACUUGCGUAGCCAUGCCUGGUACCACGGACGUAUUCCCCGGCAGGUGGCAGAAGGCCUAGUUCAGAGAGAUGGAGAUUUUCUGAUUAGGGAUUCUCUCUCCAGUCCUGGGAACUUUGUUCUUACCUGUCAGUGGAAAAAUACCCCCCAGCAUUUUAAAAUCAACAAAACAGUUCUAAGACUCAAUGAAGCCUACUGUCGUGUUCAGUAUCAGUUUGAACUGGAAAGUUUUGACACUGUCCCUGGCUUAGUCAGAUACUACGUUGGGAACCGCACACCAAUAUCAAAGCAGAGUGGAGCCAUUAUUUUUCAGCCUAUCAACAGGACUGUGCCUCUCAGGUGUCUAGAAGAAAAAUAUGGUGUAACUCCAGUCCAACAAAAAGAGCCAAGCACCCCUGGAGGAAAAAUGGAAAGUUCAAAAAGGCUGAGUCUUGGAAUAUCCAGCAUGCAGUCCCCAGAGCAGAGCAUAACCAGAGGAAAUCUUCUGAGAAACAAAGAAAAAAGUGGUAGCCAGCCAGCUAGUUUGGAUCAUGUGCUGGAGAAAAGAUUCCCUUUAAAGGCUCACCAGUCAGAGAGCUAUCUGCUAAUAGGUUCAAGACAUCCAUCUCGAUUACCUGAAGCAGAUGCAAACUCCUGUCCAAGUUCACCUGCAUUUAGAACAGGCAGUGAACCAUCUCUAAGCCCCACAAUUGUUCAGAAAGUCACCUCAGAGUCACAGCUAGGGGAAGCUCUUAGAGGAUCAGACAGUCAGCUCUGUCCAAAGCCUCCACCUAAACCCAGCAAAGCCCCCCUGAUGAAGCCCCCAGAUUCUCCUUUGGCUUCCCACAGCUCUGAAGGACACUACUGUGAACUAAACCCUGACAGACAUCCUACAGCAGCAAAACAACCCUUGUGUCAGAAAAACAGCUAUGUGGAACAUCUGACACGAAAGGAGAGGGCAGCAUUCAGGAACUCUGAAACAAGCUAUUUGAUCCUUGAUGAUGAUCCUGCAAUGAACCCUGCAGAUCCUUUAGAAGCUUCAGUUCAGGUGGCUGAAGAAGACAGCAUCUUUUCUGCACCUGUUUAUGAGACAGUGUCUAGUUUUAAACCGAAUGAUUUUGAAUCCAAACUACUUCCUCCUGAAAACAAGCCAUUGGAAACAUCCAUGUUAAGAAGAGUUAAGGAGCUCUUCACCAACAAUAACCCAAAGAUUAUUGCACAGCAUAUUCUUAGAAUGGACUGCAAGGUGGCAAGGAUAGUAGAAGUUUCUGAAGAGAUGAGGAGGAAUAUGGGAGGGAACUCUGGUCUUGAACUGAUCACCUUGCCUUACGGACAUCAGCUGCGCCUUGACCUGAUUGAGAGGCACAAUACCAUGGCAAUAGGAAUAGCUGUUGACAUCUUGGGUUGCACAGGAAAUGUAGAAGAUCGAGCAGCAACACUAAACAGGAUCAUCCAAGUUGCUGUGGAGCUGAAGGAGUCACUAGGGGAUUUAUAUGGAUUUUCUGCCAUUAUGAAAGCACUGGAAAUGCCACAGGUCAGUAGAUUAGAACAAACCUGGACGGCUCUAAGACACUGUUAUACCCAGACUGCCAUUAUGUAUGAAAAACAGCUGAAACCAUCUUGCAAAGCUUUGCAUGAAGGACAAGAUGAGUGGACUAAAACUAUCAGUGCUCCACAGAACAACAUAACAGUGCCACUGCUGAUGCCUCUUGUUACCUUGAUGGAGCGCCAAGCUGUUGUUUUUGAAGGCAUGGAGCUGUGGGAAAGCAGUGACCAAAGUGGUGAAAUAAUGCUCAGGCACUUGGGCACAGCUCGCCUGAUCGCCCAGCACGCCGAGACCUUCCGCCUGACGGCAGAGCAGCUGCUGCAAGGUUUCCAGCCAGAUGAAGAGCUGAGUGAAAUCUUCAAGACAGAAUUUCAAAUGAGACUGCUCUGGGGCAGCAAAGGAGCACAAGUUAAUCAAAGUGAAAGAUAUGAGAAAUUUAGCCGGAUCUUAACUGCACUUUCCCGAAAACUGGAACCUCCUCCCGUGAAGCUGGUGGAACAAUUAAGUAUAUAAGACUCUGGAAACGCUAUUUAAGUGAUAUACUUGAAAUAACCUUAGCAUUCUUAUGGCAAUUUGAUACUGCACAAACUUCUUGCAUUUCACAAGAUGUUUAGAACUUUUAUCUGCACAAUGCACACUUGUUUUAAAACUACUGAUUUCUAAACAAAUUAUUUAUUUACUGUGUCACCAAGUCAUUUACUGAUCCCUCUAAGCGGUUAGGUUAUCCCUUUAUUUCCCCAAAGUUGCAAUGUUUUAAUGAUGCCAAGGAGUAAGGGCAUUGGCAUCUUAAUAUUAAGAUGAAGCAAAUAGUGUAAAUAAAAUGAUAGAUUAAUUAUCUGACAUGGCAGAAAAUUUGUUGUAUAAUAUUCCUUUAGUGAAUAUAAAAACCAUUGUAGAUAGAAUUGUGAAGUGUCUCUUUAUGGAAAAUAAUUUGCAUAUUUACAAAUUACAGAAACACUACAAGUUGCAGAAAUGAUCUUUUAUCUGUAACCAGAAGGCUCAGACUUCACUGUGCCUAUGAAAGCAGUCUGUGUAUGUGCUGGGACAACUUCCCCGGUUUUUAAGACAGCCUCUGUAGUACUUCAGCUUUCGCUGGGGCCUGCACAACAGCUAUGCUGCCAGGAAGGAAUGAUGAAAUGGCAAGAACAAACAAUCCAGCUAAUUAAAAUGCUUUCAGACAUGA